UUUUGUUGCAUGUUUCAAACUUGUGGGCCUUAUUCAACUAAAUCCAAAGCAUUUCACAUUUUUGAAAAAAAAAAGAAAAAGAAAAAAAAAAGAGGUUCUUCCAAGAUAAAUUCAUGAAAAGUCCAUCUUUUAGACAUCAAAAUAAUCUAAGCACAUGAUUUUGGAGCAUCACAUCAUCAUUUUCUCCAAGCAUCACACCAUUCACUUUUUCUUCAAGCUUCAUGGCAUUUGCUUUCUUUUCAAAUGAUAUUUCUUAUGAAUGCCAAUUUAAUGGAAGGACAAGAACCAAGAGCAACCUCGAAGAUCAAAAGCUCAAGCACAUUGCACUUUAUAUGGCUCUAGCAAUCAAGGGAUUCUCCAAGAAAAGGAAUGCAACUACUCAUUGAACAAUCAUACUUUGAGAGAUCUAGGAGUCAUAUUUUGCUAGGAACUUGAAUGCUACCAUGUUGAUGUACUUAGUGUGAUGUACUAGGCUUUUACUUUGUAAUGAAUGACCAUCUUUGUAAUGCAUGUUGAACUACUUGUAAAUGUCUUCUAUGCAACCCUUGGAGUCUACGAAAAUCUCAAGGGGUUCAAAGAUAUUUUGCUUCAUCCGAGGCUCCUUAAGGAUUGGAAAUCGACAAUGUGUGAAUCCAUAUAGCAAUCGUUGAAACACUAGAU